GACACAGCUGGGUUGCCUUGUCUUUGGAUAAGAUUAAGAAGCAACAAAGGCAAAAGCAGGUCAGGUGGAGAAUGGUGCAAGAGGGUAGAGGAAGAAAAGGUUAAGAGACACAUGAAAAGUGGUGAAUGUGUAGACCAGAUGAGAGCAGCAUGUCAGCAACUUGGAAGGGAAGCCAACCAGGGAGUUGAACUCAGAAGGUGAGAAUGCUGUGUUAGUGCCUCAACCGACCCCUCAGAAACUAGGGGUUGUUGUUGCAAGUUGUGUUGGGAGAAGGAAUGACACACUCUUCUGGUAUGGCCUCCCACAUGCAGGUCCUCUCCCCUCACGCCCUUCAGUCAAGUGCCUUCUGUAGCGUGAAGAAGCUGAAGGUCGAGCCCAGCUCCCACUGGGACAUGACCGGCUACGGCUCGCACAGCAAAGCCUACGGCCAGAGCAAGAACGCACCCCUGCCACCGCCCCCACCGCCUGCCGCCCCGCUGGGCCCCAACCCCAGCCUGCCCCCCUACGAGCAGACCAUCCUCUUCCCGGCGGGCGCCGGCCAUCUGCUGGUCACCUCAGCCAGCGGCGCCCCCUCGGGCCCCGGCCACAACCUGAUGCGCCGCAGCACCGUCAGCCUGCUGGACACCUACCAGAAAUGCGGCCUCAAGCGCAAGAGCGAGGAGCUGGAGCACACGGGCAGCGUGCAGCUCAUUGAGGAGCACGGCCCUGCCGCGCACAACGCCGCCAGCGGGGCCACGGUGGCCACGGCCGCCACGUCCACGGCCACGUCCAAGAACAGCGGCGCCAACAGCGAGGGCGACUACCAGCUGGUGCAGCACGAGGUGCUGUGCUCCAUGACCAACACCUACGAGGUGCUGGAGUUCCUGGGUCGCGGCACCUUCGGCCAGGUGGUCAAGUGCUGGAAGCGGGGCACCAACGAGAUUGUGGCCAUCAAGAUCCUCAAGAACCACCCGUCGUACGCGCGCCAGGGCCAGAUCGAGGUGAGCAUCCUGGCGCGUCUGAGCACCGAGAGCGCCGACGACUUCAACUUUGUGCGGGCCUACGAGUGCUUCCAGCACAAGAGCCACACGUGCCUGGUGUUCGAGAUGCUCGAGCAGAACCUCUACGACUUCCUGAAGCAGAACAAGUUCAGCCCGCUGCCCCUCAAGUACAUCCGGCCAGUGCUGCAGCAGGUGGGCACGGCGCUCAUGAAACUCAAGAGCCUGGGCCUCAUCCACGCCGACCUCAAGCCCGAGAACAUCAUGCUGGUGGACCCGGCGCGCCAGCCCUACCGCGUCAAGGUCAUCGACUUUGGCUCAGCCAGCCACGUCUCCAAGGCCGUGUGCUCCACCUACCUGCAGUCCAGAUACUACAGGGCCCCCGAGAUCAUCCUGGGCUUGCCCUUCUGCGAGGCCAUCGACAUGUGGUCGCUGGGCUGUGUCAUUGCUGAGCUCUUCCUGGGCUGGCCCCUCUACCCUGGGGCAUCGGAGUAUGACCAGAUUCGAUACAUCUCCCAGACGCAGGGCCUGCCUGCCGAGUACUUACUAAGUGCAGGGACUAAGACCACCAGGUUCUUCAACCGUGACACCGACUCACCGUAUCCACUGUGGAGGCUGAAGACCCCAGAUGACCAUGAGGCAGAAACGGGGAUUAAGUCGAAAGAAGCAAGGAAGUACAUUUUCAACUGCUUGGAUGACAUGGCCCAGGUAAACAUGACCACGGACCUGGAGGGGAGUGACAUGCUGGUGGAGAAGGCCGACAGGCGGGAGUUCAUUGACCUGCUCAAGAAGAUGCUGACCAUCGAUGCCGACAAGAGGAUCACCCCCAUCGAGACUCUGAACCAUCCUUUCUCCACCAUGACUCAUCUGCUCGACUUCCCACAUAGCACACACGUCAAAUCCUGCUUCCAGAACAUGGAGAUCUGCAAGCGUCGGGUGAACAUGUACGACACCGUGAACCAGAGCAAGACCCCUUUCAUCACACACGUGGCCCCCAGCACAUCCACCAACCUGACCAUGACCUUCAACAACCAGCUGAACACUGUCCACAACCAGCCCUCAGCCGCCAUGGCCGCCGUGGCCCAGCGGAGCAUGCCCCUGCAGACGGGGACCGCACAGAUCUGCGCCCGGCCAGACCCCUUCCAGCAAGCGCUCAUCGUGUGUCCACCCGGCUUCCAAGGACUCCAGGCCUCCCCAUCCAAGCACACCGGCUACUCCGUGCGCAUGGAGAAUGCAGUUCCCAUUGUGACGCAAGCCCCCGGUGCCCAGCCCCUGCAGAUCCAGCCCAGCCUGCUGGCCCAGCAGGCCUGGCCAAGUGGGACCCAGCAGAUCCUGCUGCCUAGCACCUGGCAGCAGCUGACAGGUGUAGCCACACAUACGUCGGUGCAGCAUGCAACCGUCAUCCCCGAGACCAUGGCGGGCACCCAGCAGCUGGCAGACUGGAGGAACACUCAUGCGCACGGCAGCCAUUACAAUCCCAUCAUGCAACAGCCAGCACUGCUGACUGGUCAUGUGACCCUCCCAGCAGCUCAGCCUUUAAAUGUGGGCGUGGCCCAUGUGAUGCGGCAGCAGCCAACCAGCACCACCUCCUCCCGGAAGAGUAAACAGCACCAGUCCUCUGCCAGGAACGUGUCCACCUGCGAGGUGUCGUCGUCCUCCCAGACCACAGGCUCCCCGCAGCGCUCCAAGCGGGUGAAGGAGAACACACCCCCACGCUGCGCCCCAGUGCUGGGCAGCCCGGCCUGCGGGGCUGCGGUCACCUGCAGCUGGGGGGACGCUGCAGGGGGCUCCGCACGGGAGCGCCAGCGCCAGACCAUCGUCAUCCCCGACACCCCCAGUCCCACAGUCAGCGUCAUCACCAUCAGCAGCGACACGGACGAUGAGGAAGAGCAGAAGCAUGCGCCCACCAGCACCGUCUCCAAGCAGAGGAAGAAUGUCAUCAGCUGUGUGACCGUCCAUGACUCACCCUGCUCCGACGCCUCCGGCAACAGCAGCCCCUUCUCUGUGCUGCACCGCUCGGGCCCCCACACCUCCGCACCUGAUGGCAAAGGCGGACCCGACAGCAGCCAUGGCACAGGGAACCCCCGAACCAUCAUCGUGCCCCCACUCAAGACCCAGCCCAGCGGCGAUGUGCUAGUGGAGGGAGACAGCCUGGGGCCAGCCGUCAGCAGCAGUCACCACUCAUCCUCCUACAAGUCCAAGUCCUCCAGCAACACAGCCACGGCCACCAGCGGUCACUCCUCAGGGGGCGGGGCCAUCGCCUACCGCCAGCCACGGCCAGGCCCACACUUCCAGCAGCAGCCCCUCAACCUCAGCCAGGCACAGCCCCCCCUGGGCGCGGAGCGCGGCGCCCCCCGGCGGCAGCAGGCCUACAUCGCGCCCACGGUGGCGCCGGCGCCCUACGGCUUCCCGCACAGCAGCCCGAGCCACGCGCCCGUGCCCCCGCACCUGGCGGCCGCGCACCUGCCGGCACAGCCGCACCUGUACAGCUACGCGGCGGCGCCCGCGCUCGGGCCGUCGGGAGUGGCGGCCCUGGUGGCGCCGCAGGGCUCGGCUCGCCCGGUGCAGCACGGCGCCUACCCCGCCGGCCUGGUGCCGCCCGUGCCCGUGGGCGUGGGCCCCCGCCUGCUGCCCUCGCCCUCGCUGCACGCCCCGCAGUACCCCGCGCAGUUCGCGCACCAGACCUACAUCAGCGCCUCGCCGGCCUCCACGGUCUACACUGGCUACCCGCUGAGCCCUGCCAAGGUCAACCAGUACCCCUACCUAUAGACCGGGCGCCCCCAGGGACCCCACAGCCCGGACCGACCGGACGGCUGGGCACAGAGACCAUUUGAAAGAGGAACGGAUGAAGGAACCUGUGCUGUGUUUUGUUUUUUAAAAAAAAAAAAAAAUUAAAAAAACACAAAAAGAAAAAAAAAUCCCACCGUGCUCCCCAGCCAACCGAGCUCACAGGAGGAAGAAGACUCCAGAAGUGGGGAGGCCCUCCCCCCAAAAAAAAUCUCAAAGAACUCCCACCUCGAACUUACUUUUCAAAGAUUAUUUUCAUAGGACAGCAGGUGACACAGGCCUGCCCUCUGCGUCUGCCGAGCUCCAGGCCUUUUUUAACUCCAGAGCCUGGGAAGGAGGGACUUGCCCAGGACUCCAAAGGGCAUGACCCCAGGAGGCUGAGGGGUUGGGAGGGAGCAGUCUGGGGUUGGCAGAGUCUGGGGGGCACCUGUCCUCACCCCCCAGGGCACAUUCUCUCCUCUCUAUCUCUCUCUCUCUAUCUCUCUCUUCUCUCCCAGCGAUCCGGGUGAAUCUCUAAGUGACGUUUGUUCCCAAAUGUCAUUAAUGGCACGUGUGUGCACCUGUGUGUGAGUGUGUGUGUGUGUGUGUGUCGCAAACUUUGGGUUGUUGUUUGUUUGGUUGUUUCAUUUUCCUGAUUUCUCUUGGCAUCCAGGUCCCCCCCCCCAGUAGAAUGUAGCUCAGCACCCCUGUCUCCCCCCUUGGCAUUUCCACUCCCACGAUACCAGUAGAGUAUUCCUCAAUGUGGCGAAUUACACACAAGAAAGGAGGUGAAGAAGCAGGACUGAAGUAGGCAGGUGACGUGGGGCCCUUGAGACAGCCGGUGUGCAUGGGUGUGAGUGUCCCCACUGUGUCCCCCUGUCCCCCACUCCCAUGGCUCUCACACUCUUGCUUCCACAGCCUUCCUUCCUAGUGCCUUACAGAUGACAGCUGCAGUGAGGGCUCACAAUGGGGGUCCCCCCAGGGCCUGGCAGAAGGGGGGUUCCCCCCACCUCACCCCUUCCCUCUUCUGGCUGUUAGAACCUUUCACUCUGGUCUUUGUUUUCUGGCCCUGUGUCCUUGACUGCUGUCUUGCUGUGGGAAGGGGGGAGGCUGUUUCCCCAGCAGGGGGUGAUGGUAGGCAGGCAGAGGGGCAGAGGAGAGGUCUUGGUGGACUUUUAUUGGAGGAAGGACCCCCCCUACCCUUUGCCCUCAGCCCUGUGUGCCAUGUCUGUUGUAGGACCAGAGGUUGCAGGAAUGGUGACCUUGCUGGGGGGCUGCAUCCUCCUCUACCUUCCUAACUGUGGCCAGGACAGAGAGCAGGGACCUGGUCUCCAGACGGGGUGGGGGGUGGGGGGGGGUGUCCCCAGCCUCCUCUCCAUCCUUCCCCCGCCCCCAACAGCGAGCUGUGCACUCACAGCUUUGCCAGACCCUUCCCUCUGCAGGCAACCAUUGGCCUGUGACUGCUGCUGAAUUCCUUCCUCAAGCUGCCCAGGCCUGCCCGAGACAUGAUUAUUAUUUUUUUUGCAGUGGGGGGUGCACUGGGCAGGGCACAGAACCACUGUAAGGGUGGCACUUUGGAAAAUGCUUCCACCCACAGAUGGUGACGUUCCCAAAGAAACUCAUCUUUUGUUCUCUUUACACCUGUGAUACCUUCUAGAAGUUUCCUCAGACUCUGAUUGCUGCUGGGGGUGGGGAGGGGUGUCUCUUUGCUAGUGGAAAAUUGCCUUUUU